AUGCAAGAGGUGGCCCUGAGCCUGCUCGUCCUCCUGGCAGGCCUGCCUGCCUUGGAUGCCAAUGACCCGGAAGAUAAAAACAGUCCUUUCUACUAUGACUGGUUCAGCCUCCGUGUCGGUGGGCUCAUCUUCGCAGCGGUUCUGUGCGCCAUUGGCAUCAUCGUCCUCAUGAGUGGGAAAUGCAAAUGCAAGUUCAGCCGGAAGCCCUGCCACCAUCCAGGGGAUGCCCCACCUCUCAUCACUUCAGGCUCUGCCCAUAACUGUUGA